CGCUCUGAGUGGCCCGACAGUGACAGCGUUCACUGCCAGGGUCCUCCUGUUCCGUUAAUUGCCCCCGCCCCCGCCCCGAUCGGCCUUAAAAAGCUCCAAGUUGCAACCAAAUCCCCAGUCAGAGAGCCGCAGUAAAGACAGCGAUGGGCUUGGGUGACUACAGCCACUGCAGGCAGCGGAUGUCCCGGGGACUCUACGGGGUCGCAGGCAGGGCUGCGCUGUGGUCCCCAGCCUUUCAUCUGGUGCACCGCAUCCCUUGCGGCACCUGGCGCAUCGAGGCUCAGGAGCAGGCCCGGGCAUCCAGCCCGGUGCUGGAGCACCUCCGGCGACAGCUGGAGCGCGCCUUCCAGCGGGCGGCGGCACGAGGGCGCGCCAGGCGCGCGCGGGAGGCGGUGGCGGCGGUGGCGGCGGCCGCGGCGGCGGCGCGGGAGGAGCGGACCCGGGCGCGCAUGGAGUGCGCGCUGGCCCGGCUGCGCGCGGAGCUGCUGGAAUUGCGUCUCCAGAACCAUCAGCUGGCCCGAACUUUACUGGAUUUAAACAUGAAAAUGCAGCAACUGAAGAAGCAGCAGGACUUGGAGCGAGCAUCCAAAUCCCAGAGCCCGGAAGAUGAAGCAAUGGAUUCCGAGUGUGCAAGCGCAUAGUGGAAAGCCUCAGCCUGCAGCGCCGAAGCAGCCCUGCCCCUCACCGUAACAUAGGCAACUCCGAAACUGUUCUAGCAUUAAUACUAGCGAUGCUGUAUGUGCACUCUUGAGGGACAUUUCCAUCCAGCCAGAACUUGGGUAUAAGGAAGAAGUGCGGGGAAAAAAAUCUUAAGAAAGGGAGAGAGACUUUCCAUUGCUUUGACUGGCUAUUAUAGCUUUAGUGGGAGGAAGGAAAGAAGGAGGAGAAGGAUGAGAGGGAAAGAGGAGAGAGGGAUAAGCCAAAGUAUUACAUAUUGCCUUACCGCCCCCUUACAACGCUGUGCGUUACCUUAUUACCAUCCUUCUUGUGGUUCGGUGUGGACCUGCAGGAUCCGUAAUUGCUUUUACUGUAUUUAUUUUUGGCCCAUCAUCUAGUAGCCGUUCCAAUACUCUUCUGACUCGUGAAAUUGAGAAUUACUAGCGCCUGGAUUCCGGUCAUUCCCCUAAUGUGGCCCGCGUUAAGGGUGUCUCAACUUCUUGCUGGAUGUAGUCAUGUAACUGCAGGCCUUGCUGUCAUUCAAAUCCGAAAUAUGUAAUUAUUCUCCUAAAAAUCUUUUUCUUCAGUUGAUUCAGGUUUGAGCUUCAUGAUGUAUUCCCCUAAAUUCCUAACUAAUAUAGUUCUUGUGUUCAAUUAACUUGGAGUUAAAAUGGUUCUUACUGUUGAAUUAAAAGAUCUGAUUGUACCCUAAAAGUGCUUUUCAAUGCAAAAGGAAAAUUAAUAAAAAUAGCUGCAGACGUAA